AUGGUGAAAAGACCUGUAAAGAAACCUUCAAAGUUUAGGCAAUUAACUCCUGUAAUUAAAACAAUUUUCUUGGCUGCAUUUGUUGCUUACAUCAGCAUUUUUGUAGCAGAUUUUGUUACAAAGUAUUCCAUACAAAUAAAGCCAAGAAAUGAGACGAUGAAUGUUGCCAACUCAACAGUCAAUGCAACAGAAACUGCCGCGGUCGUCCACGUCGCAGGCCCACGAAAACCGAAAUAUUGGUUUUACAUGGCAAAGGGUUACAUGUGGAUUUUCUUUUCCGUCGAUAAUGUGUUGAAAAAACUUGGAUUGGAGAAGAUUGAAGUCGAUGUUAAUAGACACAGAGCUGUGCAUAUGGAUUGGGAUUUACUUUGGACUUAUGACUAUCAUAGUGAAAUUAACAUUGACUUUAAGAAGUUGAAAUAUCAUCAAAAGAUUAAUCACAUCCCAGGAAAUUAUGUUUUAUGCAUGAAGGAUUAUUUGGCAGUUAACACGAAAUCUAAAUACAUUGCACCGGCUUUCAACAACUCGGAAAGUUUAGAAGAAUACGCCAAUGAACAUCCAAAUGCGAGAUUUGUUCAGAAGCUUUGGAGUAAUCGUGGCGUUUCAUUGAAAAAUGCUUCAGAGAUUAAUUUCAAAAUGUUCGGAUCUGGCUAUAAAUAUUUUGCACAACUUUAUAUCGAAAAUCCGCUGUUAAUUGAUGGAUAUAAGUUUGACUUUGGAAUUUAUGUUUUAGUGGCGUCACUUGAACCAUUGAGAGUUUAUUUUUAUGAGAAAAAUACCCUCAUUCGAUUGUGUGGGAAGAAAUAUGAUCCAAACAACUACGAAGAUCUUGACACUUAUGUAAUCGGCGACGUGUGUCAGUUUCCCUGGGAUAUUGAUGUGCUUUCAGUGUACUAUAAUCAAUCGUACACGUACAAGGAAGCUAUGAACGCAUAUUUCACGAAAAAUGGUUACAACGUCUCAAAAAUCUGGUGGCAAGUUGAAGAUUGUAUUCGGGAAAUAAUUUUGAAUUCAGAAAGCAGCUUCAAUCAUUGGGUGAAACAAUAUCCAUUCAAAUACUCGUUCUUUGAACUUUAUCGCUUCGAUUUUAUGCUUGACAAUGACUUGAAUCUUUAUCUUCUUGAAGUUAAUCAAAGUCCGAAUGUGAAUCCAUCAGUGAGACUUGCACGUGAUAGAAGAAUGUUUGAAAAUCUUUUAUUCGAUUCAUUUACACUUCUUGGUGUUGGAUCUUACAUUAAGAACAAAACAAAUUUUGAGUUUGGAGGUGACUUGGAAGAGCAGAUGAUAUGCCAUCGAGAUAGCAUAACUGUACGGCCUGAAACCUGUGUCAAUAAACCUUGUAAUGAAACUUGUGAUCCUGAAGAAUGCGAUCUGUGUUGGGAUUGUUUAUCGAACAACCAAAGGCACGAUUUGCAUCUUGCUUAUCGUGAAGCCAAACACCGCGGAACUAUGAAGAGAAUUUUCCCACCCCCAAAAGUAUGUUUAAGCAGCUUUGGAGAGACUUGGAGAAAAAUUCCUGAAGGCUCUUACGCCAGCCAAUGUUCUACACAUAAAGUGGUACCAGGAAAUGUGUAAGAAAGAUUCAGAUUUCUGUUGAUGCCUUCGGCCUUCGGUACAAGUUAACAAGCAUGAAAACUUUAUAAGUCUUCAUGUUCUUCAUAUUUCUGAAAUAAAAAUUACGCCUACAAGAUAGUCCUAGAAAAACAA